AUGGCAGCCAACAACGUCCAUUCUACUCCCAUUCAACCCAAAUACGUCCUCCGCAAUCCUUUGGAAGUUGGCCACAAUGCCAAGAGCAUUCAACUAAUCAGGAUUAAAGACAACGAGUCCUUUCUCGGCUUUCCUAUCCCCGACAAGAAGGUCUCAUCCGAAAAAAAUCCAGAAUGGAAAAUAAGUCUUGCCUCCGCCAUCCUCCCUACAGCCGGUGUCCCGCUGUCCCGUAUUCUGAACCACCCGAACAUUGUUGGCCUCGUUGAUAUAAUUCACACAGACUCCCUUGCAGGUUCCACAAAACGUGCUGGUAUAGCUGCCAACAUAGCGGUCUACGAAGACAUGAAUCAAGGCUCACUUGACCUCAUUCUUCCAGACCCAGAAAACUACCCCAAGUUUACUGAUAUGGCAGCUUGGCGCGCCCAUGCUACUCCAAAUCCCAAUCGCUUUUCCUUGCCUGAAAGUUUGUGCUGGCAUGUUUUAUCCAAUAUUAACAAGGCGCUCUUGUGGUUGCAUACGGGUGUGAAGCAGACGGAUACAAAAGACAAUUGGCAAAAACAUGAUGAUGAUUGGCAACCUAUUUUGAUAAGGGAUGUUAGUCCAAAACAGAUUUGGUUUAAGAGAACAGGUGGUGGAGCAACGUAUGGGCAGUGUAAAUUGGGCGGGUUUGGGAAGGCGGUUGUGACGGGGUUUCCUGGUGGGAAUGUGGCAAAGAGUGAGAAGAAAGAGGGAUUGAGUUGGUUUUUUCAACCUCCUGAACAAUUAGCCGGGACCGAAACCUGGGGGCCAGCCUCGGAGAUUUGGUCGCUAGGCGCGACAGUCUUCACGAUGAUGACGGGGAUUCCCCCACCCCAACAAUUCGAAUAUCAAUGGGCAAUGUCAAGGAUGAGCGAUAAACCAUUUACGAGUGGACUGAAAAACUUGGUGGCGAGCAUGCUGAAGACGAGAAGUAACGAUAGACCUACGACGGCUCAGUUGGUGGGGAGAAUUGAACAGGGUUGGGAGGAAUGGAGGGCGACGGAUGAUGCGAUUGGGUAUGUGGAUUGGAAGGAUAGGAGUAGAGGCCGGGAAGUCAAUUUGAAGGGGGAAGUGGAGGAGAAGGCGAGGUUGGGAUGGGGGAUUAUUGAUGCUGGAGGGAUUUAG